AUGGCGGCGGAGGCUGAGGCUGAGGAGGAGAUGGCGCACGCCGAGGUGCUGGAGCUCUUUCAGGAGGCGCUGUCGCGGCUGGUGCAGGACCCGCUGCUCUGCGACCUCCCGCCGCAGGUGACGGCGGAGGAGAUCGGCUCGCAGGUGGCGCUGGAGUACGGACAGGCCAUGACCGUGCGAGUCUGCAAGGCGGACGGCGAGAUCAUGCCCGUGGUGGUGGUGCAGAACGCCUCGGUGCUGGAUCUGAAGAAGGCGCUGCGGCGGCACGUCCAGCUGCGACAGGCACGGCAGGGCGGCGUCCAGCACCUCAGCUGGAAGUACAUCUGGAGGACCUACCACUUAACGUACGCCGGCGAGAAACUGGCAGAUGACAAGAAGAAGCUGAGAGAGUAUGGCAUCAGAAACAGGGACGAGGUCAGCUUCAUCAAGAAGCUUCGAAAGUAACCUGUCAGGUCCACUGCAUGUACAGCACUGGAGCACAGAGACUCCAACACUCCCAGGGCCAGCCUGUAGCUUCAGCGCUUCCCAGGAGGACAAGGCUGUAGCACUUCACAGAGAAGCAGACUGCAGAUGACUGGACAUUCUCACCUGUUUUUUGCACUGUUUCCCCUCUGAGCUGUAUGUGGAUUGUACCUGCAAUGACUUAAAGAGAUCCUCUUGUUUUUA